CCAUAACCCAACAGUUCUCUCACAGAAAACCCAAAAAAAUGGACUCCAAAACAACUUUUCUCACAUUUCUUCUCUGUAUUUUCAUUUUCUCUCAUUUUUCACCCUCAACUUCCAAAUCUCUCACAGAAAAGCCUUUAUCUUUCUCACCGUCGGCGAGUUUGCCGACUCUCACGGCGGAGAGACUAAUCAAAGGAUUCAAUUUGAUGCCUACACGUGACGUCAAUGUCAUCGAUGAAGACGGUUCUGAGGCUCCGAGGCUAGUCGAGAGAGAAUUCGAUUUGCCGGCCGAGGUUGACCGUCGUGGCUCCGGUGGUUCUCCGUCGGUUCAAGAAUUUGGUCACCAUGCUGGUUACUACAAACUCCCUAAUUCAAAAGCAGCAAGGAUGUUCUACUUUUUCUUCGAGUCAAGAACCAACAAAGCCGAUCCAGUGGUGAUUUGGCUAACCGGUGGACCUGGUUGCAGUAGUGAACUGGCUCUAUUCUACGAGAACGGACCGUUCACCGUCUCCAACAACUCAUCUCUUUCUUGGAACGAAUUUGGUUGGGACAAGGCAUCGAAUCUAAUCUACGUGGACCAACCGGUUGGAACCGGUUUCAGUUACACAUCGGACCAAAGUGAUCUUCGACACGACGAGGAUGGUGUCAGUAAUGACCUUUACGACUUCUUACAGGCGUUUUUUAAAGAGCAUCCACAAUUUGUGAAGAAUGACUUUUACAUUACCGGUGAAUCCUACGCUGGACAUUACAUUCCGGCAUUGGCUUCACGGGUUCACCGUGGAAACAAGAACAAAGAAGGAACUCACAUUAACCUUAAGGGUUUUGCAAUCGGUAACGGUUUGACCAACCCGGAGAUUCAAUAUGGUGCUUAUGCGGAUUACGCGCUAGACAUGAAGUUGAUAACACAGUCUGAUCACGAUAACCUUAACCGUAACUACGCAACUUGUCAACAAUCCAUCAAAGAAUGCAGCGCGGAUGGUGGUGAAGGUGAUGCUUGUGCAUCUUCUUACGUUGUCUGCAACAACAUUUUCCAAAAGAUUAUGGAUAUUGCAGGAAACGUAAACUAUUACGACGUGAGGAAACAAUGUGAAGGAAGCUUGUGCUAUGAUUUCUCGAACAUGGAGAAGUUCUUGAACCAGAAAUCGGUACGGAAGGCAUUAGGUGUGGGAGAUAUCGAGUUUGUGUCUUGUAGUACAGCGGUUUACGAAGCAAUGCAGAUGGACUGGAUGCGGAAUCUUGAGGUCGGGAUUCCAGCUCUUCUUCAAGAUGGAAUUAAGCUCCUUGUUUACGCCGGGGAAUACGAUCUCAUCUGCAAUUGGCUCGGAAAUUCGAAGUGGGUUCACGAGAUGGAAUGGUCAGGCCAGAAAGAGUUUGUAGCAGCCGCGACAGUUCCAUUCCUUGUAGACAACAAAGAAGCCGGUUUAAUGAAGAACCACGCUUCACUCACUUUCCUAAAGGUCCAUGAUGCUGGACACAUGGUUCCAAUGGAUCAGCCAAAGGCAGCAUUGCAAAUGCUUCAGAACUGGAUGCAAGGAAAGCUCAGUACACCAACUGGUCGGACCGCUCAUCAGUGAAUCCAAAUUCCGAACCGACUGAAUUAUCAUGUAUUUAGGAGAUCAAAUAUUUUACUUUUAAGAAAGCUAAAUAACAUAUACUUGUGAAUUAUUUCUAUAAAUACACAGGAAACUUCAUU